UCCGCCUCUUACUCUGCCCCAGCUGCUUCCUACUCCGCCCCAGCUGCCUCUUACUCCGCACCAGCUGCCUCAUACUCUGCCCCAGUUGCCUCAUACUCUGCUCCAGCUGCUUCUUACUCUGCCCCAGCUGCUUCAUACUCCGCCCCUGCUGCUUCUUUCAGCUCUUACGAAACUGCUGCUUCAGCCCCAGCUCACUCCUUCUCUUCUGCUGAAGGUUACCGUUACAAGACCGCCAAACGUCGCGUCAUCCGUCGUCGUCGUUUCAAAUUCUUCAUCGUAUUGUGCGCAUUGGUUGCUGCCGCAACUGCUGAUGUCAGCCACUUGUCUAACAAGUACUUGCCCCCUCAUCAACAAGCUGCUUCAGCUCCCGCUGUAAGCUACAGCCCUGCCCCAGCUGCUCAAUCUUUCCAUGUUGAAGCUGCUUCUGCUCCAGCUGUUUCAUACUCAGCUCCCGCUCCAGCUGCUCAAUCUUUCCAUGUUGAAGCUGCCUCAGCUCCAGCUGUCUCUUACUCUGCUCCUGCUGCUCAAACUUUCCAAGCUGCUUCUGCCCCAGCUGCCAGUUACGAAACUGCCUCUUUUGAAACCGCUGCUGCUGAACCAGCUCACACUUUCUCAUCUGAUGAAGGUUACCGUUACAAGACCGUAAAGCGUCGUGUCAUCCGUCGUCGUCGUGAUGUCUCCACUGAAUACUUGCCCCCUGUAGCUGCCUCCGCUCCUGUUGCUCAAUACGAAUCUGCUCCAGUUGAGACUUAUGCCGCCCCAGCUGCCUCUUACGAAUCUUAUGAAGUUGCUGCUGCUGAACCAGCUCACUCCUUCUCUUCUGCUGAUGGUUACCGCUACAGAACUUCCAAACGCCGUGUCAUCCGUCGCCGCCGUCGUGAUGUCUCUACCGAAUACUUGCCCCCUGUAGCCGCUUCUGCUCCAGUUGCCCAAUACGAAUCUGCUCCUAUCAUGUAA